CGAGUGCGAAUUUGCCGGCCAUCCUGCCUCCGUUUAUCGCCGAGCAAACAGCUACUCUCUGUGUGUGAAUUUAUCUCUCUCCUCCGAGGAAAACCCAAACUUACUUCGAUGGUGAACGCCGUGAAAGUCUUCAAGAAGACCGCUCCUAAUGGUAAACUCACCGUCUAUCUCGGUCGUCGAGACUUCGUAGACAACACCAACACCACCGAGCCCGUCGAUGGCAUCGUAGUCUGCGACAAUGACUACCUACGAGGCCGCAAGGUCUACGCGACCGUCACGGUUACGUACCGUUUCGGUCGCGAAGAGGAUGAGGUCAUGGGCCUGCACUUCAGCAAGGAGAUGCAACUCGCCUCGCAGCAGAUCUACCCAAGCAGCGACACACCCGAGUUAACUGCCGUCCAGGACCGUCUCCUGAAGAAGCUCGGGGCCAACGCCUACCCCUUCGCCGUGACUCUUCCCGCGAACGCUCCCUGCUCCGUCCAGCUCCACCCCGGGACGGAGGAUGCGAUCAAGCCUCUGGGAGUCAUCUACGAUCUGAAGGUGUACGUCGGAGACAACGCUGACGAGAAGCCCCACAAGCGAAACUCCGUCAACCUCGCCGUCAGGAAGGUCCAAUAUUGUCCUGCCGGCGGCAACAGGCGCCAGCCGAGCACCCUUGUCUCCAAGGGCUUCACCCUCUCACCAGGGAAACUCAACAUGGAAGUUAACCUUGACAAGGACGUCUAUUACCAUGGCGAGACCAUCAUCCCCAACAUCAGCGUCACCAACGGCAGCAAGAAGUCGGUGAAGAACAUCAAGUGCUCCGUCGUGCAGCACAUCGAGGUCACCAUGACCAACAGCCACAUCACUCGCGAGGUGGCUGGCGUCGAGUCUAAGGAGGGCUGCCCUAUCACCCCGGGCACAACACUGAACAAGACCUUCAACUUGAACCCUCUUGCCACAACCAAUAAGAACAGAUACGGCAUUGCUCUCGACGGGAAGCUUCAGGACACCGACGCCAACCUGGCUUCCUCCACCAUUGUUGGCGAGGGCAAGAACCCCAACGACGCCCUGGGCAUCAUCGUCUCCUACUCCGUCCGCGUCCGUCUCAACUGCGGCGCCCUCGGUGGGGAGCUGAUGGCUGACCUGCCCUUCAAGCUCACUCAUCCAAUCACGGACAGCGUCGCCGCCCCAGUCAAGAGCGAGACGAAGGAAGGCGAGGACAUCGUUUUCGAGGACUUCGCCCGCCUCCGUCGCGGCAUGAGCGUCGACAACAACUAAACUCCUUCUCGCGGUCUCCUCUCGCCCUAGUGUUCCGUCUCCCUGGAGUGUAGGCUUUGCUGUUGCCAAACCCCGCGUUUGAUAGUCAACCGCCUCAGGCCUCUAGUUCUUCUCUUCACAUACCGAACGAACGAAGCGCAGGAUUUAUUUAAAAUACAACGAAACGACGACGACGACUCCGAGCUGCGUGUUGCUCCGCCUCGAAGUCGCUCCCUCGGUCCCCCACGCCGGCCGCCGCCCGCGAGGCCACGGCAGACACGCCAAGAGGACGUGCAGAGGAACGGCCUCUCUAGGGCGUUUCUCUUCAUACCGUGGUCGUGUUUCA